AUGGACUGCGGGGGUACUGGUACGGCUGCGGGCAUUGACCCCAAAAUUCUUGAUAAUUGGCAAACCGACGCUGCUUUCUCGUGGGAGCAUCCGCCAUACGAGCAACCACUGGAGUGGGACACCAGCCAAGACUCGACUCAAGAGGAUGCUGAUAUCGUCGAGUUGAAUACCCUUCACGGGUCUCUAUCGAAAACUCACUCCCAUGCGCCCUAUCUGGAUCAAUCCUGUGGUCUCCACAGUGGUGAGAAUAGUAAGCAAGGCACCACAUCACCGGAGAAAUUCAGUAUCUCCGAUGGACCGAUCGAAGGCACUGUGAGCGGCACCGUCAGUCCGAGAACCUUACCAUCCUCGGCCGACGAUAACUUCCAACUGGAUGAGUCAUGGCCACAGUAUCAACUGUUCAACGUCCUCACGGCCGGAAUACCCAUGGAUACGACUCCACUCCUCUACCCCUAUAGCAAAGAACCCGCCGCGUCGACAAACACGGUCAUUGUCGAUGAUGUCGGGGAGCUUCCGCAGGAGCAUGGGCUGCCGGAUAUCCCCUCGGACCACUUUUUGUCGUUCCAGAAUAUGCCCCAGCCGUUCCCCUUUACCGUCGCGGAGAAUUGGACGGAGCCCUCUACAAAUCCCGCCGUGGAUAAUGUGGCGAGCCAGGCACCUACGGCUUCGCUUUCGCUGAGACCAGAACUGCCAAACAAAGAAAUAAACCCAGUCCGCGAUUUCUCGGCUCCUUUGCGGUCACUCGAGUCGCGGUGGCUUGACAGCCUCGAGUCCCAACUUCCCUCAAACAUGACUUCGCCGACCUCACUGUCGACAGUACCGCAAGGUCCGGCAUUUUUUAAAGAGGAAAAGCCGGGGCAGGAUGUAUUCCAGUACAAGUCGGAGAGCUCAUCGGUGUCUGGUGAUUUCUCGGCCGGUGUAUAUGAAUGCUCCUAUUCUGCGACGAGUGAUGAUGCCCCCGCAUUCGCUGAGAGACAGCUGGGCGAAGAAGGUCCUUGGAAGAGCGUACAGGAGGAUGAAACUGAGAUGUCGCAGCCUCUCCGGAACGCGACCGCCUUUAUGGUGAGCGAGACGCCGGCAGAGUCGUUCUUUGCUUCGGCCCCUUCAAAGUCUAGGGCGUCGUCCGCAGUGCAGCGGAACUCUUCUCGGCCCCAGGCGCUCGCGCUGCAGUCUGUCGCGACAGUCCGGAAACGUAAACAGCGCGGCUCGAAUCAUUCCUUGGACCUCGGUCAGCCGAAGCCACUGCAGAUUGUACAAGAGGAUGGUCAAGGCGGAUCCAUUGCUUCGGCAGAUUUUGUAUCACCGCCGCGCGGGGCGCGACGCAAAGGACCUCUGACCAUGGUUGGUCGGGCAAACGCGGGUAUGCGAAGGAAGAACAAGGACACUUGCGUACAGUGUCGCCUGAAUAAGCGAAAGUGUGAUGGAAACGCUCCGUGUGACGCUUGCCGCCCUACGCUCCACGAACAACCAUGUGCACGCGCCUGCUUUGCUAAUAUCGUGGAGUAUGGCACUUGCAAUUACGUCUCUCAACGAGCUAUCAACCAUCCUACUUUGGAUCGGACAGGCCGAGUUCGGAUGGAUAUUCCGGUGGAAUUUGAUUUGAGUGACCUCCUUUCAUUCCUCGGCGAACGGCAAGGCCGAUUCAACAUCCGCGCCAGCCAAGCUUGGGGUUCUCUAUAUGUUCUGGAUCUGGGAGAAGCUUACAAAUUCCUGAGAAGCUUGAGUGAUUACAACGGCAACUCCCGGUCGAAUUUCCUCGAGUUCAUUGACCGACGGAUAGUCGAGUCGAAGGAUAAGUCAAAGAACUGGCUAACCUGCGUCAAGGACUGUGACCCCAUGAAUAAUUUCUACACUCUACUCUCACGAUGGAACAACAUGCCUAGUCGGGCGAGCUAUAGCUUUGUUCCUCUUCAUCCAGGAGCGCAAGAAAGGCCUAUGGAUAUCCAUAAUACCGACGAUCGACGUGAGAUUCUCCUCGCGGCACAGUUGUCUCGCAUUGUGUGUCGGAUGCUGGAAGUGGAAGGAUUCCGAAAGUUGGAACGAGACUUCUACAACAUCAAAUGGAAGCAGAUAUCCCAGGAUACGCAUUUACGUUUCCUAGGCGAGCUAGGAAAUAUUCUUCUCACACUCCGUUGGCGGGUUUCCUGGUGGAAGCGUCUUGGAGACGGUGGUCAAGAGCCCGACCCGAGCAAGCAGCACUACGUUGACCGAGUGGAUUUGCUCUGCAGGAUCCUUUACGUUUAUUACACAUGUGUGCUGGCUAAACUUCCUUCGUGGUGCGCUGCUGAUGUUCCCAAGGGUGUGUGGUCUACAUACGCCGACACUGAGAAUGCAGUCUGGGAUGACUUCCCAGUGGACCCUACUGAUGAAGGGUUCCAGAGAUGGAUCGACAGGGGAAAGGAAUUGGUCGAACAAGCAGGUGCCCCGAAUGGCACCUCCAAGAUCGCACAUUAG